ACCUGGGCGGGGCGCGGGCCGCGCUGCGUCCGAAGCGGCUCCGACGCCGUCGCUGGGACCAAGAUGGACCUCUCGGCGCUGCUCCCCGCCCCGACUGCGCGCGGAGGGCAACAUGGCGGCGGCCCCGGCCCGCUCCGCCGAGCCCCAGCGCCGCUCGGCCCGAGCCCCGCGCGCCGCCGCCUGCUACUGGUGCGUGGCCCUGAAGAUGGCGGGCCCGGGGCGCGGCCCGGGGAGGCCUCCGGGCCGAGCCCGCCGCCCGCCGAGGAAGACAGCGACGGCGACUCUUUCUUGGUGCUGCUGGAAGUGCCGCACGGCGGCGCCGCCGCCGAGGCUGCCGGAUCACAGGAGGCCGAGCCUGGCUCCCGUGCCAACCUGGCGAGCCGCCCCAAGCAGGGCCCCAGCGGCCCGGCCGCCGCCCCCGGCCCUGGCGUAGACCCGGCGGGCGCCGUCACCAUCAGCAGCCAGGACCUGCUGGUGCGCCUCGACCGCGGCGUCCUCUCGCUGUCUGCGCCGCCCGGCCCCGCAACCGCGGGCGCCACCGCGCCCCGCCGCGCGCCCCAGGCCUCCGGCCCCAGCACGCCCGGCUACCGCUGCCCCGAGCCGCAGUGCGCGCUGGCCUUCGCUAAGAAGCACCAGCUCAAGGUGCACCUGCUCACUCACGGCGGCGGUCAGGGCCGGCGGCCCUUCAAGUGCCCGCUGGAGGGCUGCGGCUGGGCCUUCACAACGUCCUACAAGCUCAAGCGGCACCUGCAGUCGCACGACAAGCUGCGGCCCUUCGGCUGUCCGGUGGGCGGCUGUGGCAAGAAGUUCACUACGGUCUAUAACCUCAAGGCGCACAUGAAGGGCCACGAGCAGGAGAGCCUGUUCAAGUGCGAGGUGUGCGCCGAGCGCUUCCCCACGCACGCCAAGCUCAGCUCCCACCAGCGCAGCCACUUCGAGCCCGAGCGCCCUUACAAGUGUGACUUUCCCGGCUGUGAGAAGACAUUUAUCACAGUGAGUGCCCUGUUUUCCCAUAACCGAGCCCACUUCAGGGAACAAGAGCUCUUUUCCUGCUCCUUUCCUGGGUGCAGCAAGCAGUAUGAUAAAGCCUGUCGGCUGAAAAUUCACCUGCGGAGCCAUACAGGUGAAAGACCAUUUAUUUGUGACUCUGACAGCUGUGGCUGGACCUUCACCAGCAUGUCCAAACUUCUAAGGCACAGAAGGAAACAUGACGAUGACCGGAGGUUUACCUGCCCUGUCGAAGGCUGUGGGAAAUCAUUCACCAGAGCAGAGCAUCUGAAAGGCCACAGCAUAACCCACCUAGGCACAAAGCCGUUUGAGUGUCCUGUGGAAGGAUGUUGCGCGAGGUUCUCCGCUCGUAGCAGUCUGUAUAUUCACUCUAAGAAACACGUGCAGGAUGUGGGUGCUCCGAAAAGCCGUUGCCCAGUCUCUACCUGCAACAGACUCUUCACCUCCAAGCACAGCAUGAAGGCGCACAUGGUCCGACAGCACAGCCGGCGCCAAGAUCUCUUACCUCAGCUAGAAGCUCCGAGUUCUCUUACUCCCAGCAGUGAACUCAGCAGCCCAGGCCAAAGUGAGCUCACUAACAUGGAUCUUGCUGCACUCUUCUCUGACACACCUGCCAAUGCUAGUGGUUCUGCAGGUGGGUCAGAUGAGGCUCUGAACUCCGGAAUCCUGACUAUUGACGUCACUUCUGUGAGCUCCUCUCUGGGAGGGAACCUCCCUGCUAAUAAUAGCUCCCUAGGGCCGAUGGAACCCCUGGUCCUGGUGGCCCACAGUGAUAUUCCCCCAAGCCUGGACAGCCCUCUGGUUCUCGGGACAGCAGCCACGGUUCUGCAGCAGGGCAGCUUCAGUGUGGAUGACGUGCAGACUGUGAGUGCAGGAGCAUUAGGCUGUCUGGUGGCUCUGCCCGUGAAGAACUUGAGUGACGACCCACUGACUUUGACCUCCAAUAGUAACUUAGCAGCACAUAUCACCACACCGACCUCUUCAAGCACCCCCCAAGAAAAUGCCAGUAUCUCAGAACUGCUGGCUCCAGUCAAGGUGGAGCCAGACUCACCUUCUCGCCCAGGAGCAGUUGGGCAGCAGGAAGGAAGCCAUGGGCUGCCCCAGUCCACGUUGUCCAGCCCAGCAGAGCGGCACGGUGCCCAGGACACAGAGCUCAGUGCAGGCACCGGCAACUUCUAUUUGGAGAUUUGGCUAAAUGCUUUCUGAGGUCCUUUGGAGUCCUGUGGCUCCAUGGUAAUGUGCUCCUUUCCUUGAAGAUUGGUGGUUUUGUAAUGUUGAGAUACUUUGCCUCUAUGCUUCUCAGCUCAUGACCAGUCCUAGAAGAGGAGUCGAGACAUAAGCCACCUUCAGAGGUUCAAUGGAAACUUUAAAACCAUACCAAACUCUUUGUUAAAAUUGGAAUUAACAGGAAAAGAAAAAAAAAGGGUGGGGUUUAUGAGCCUUAGUUCUUGGAGGAUUAUAAGAGUACUUCUCCAAUUUUGAGGCUGGACAGUUAAUAUACUUUAUAUCAAUGAUACAUUUAAUAUAAUUUAAUUUAAAAUAAUUUAAAGAUUCUUGGGAGAUAGUCUGACUUUCCUGACUCAGAUGGAAAUGAUCAGAUAGGGGUUUUUUUUGUGGCACAAGCUAAAUUUGAUGGUGACAUUUAUAUUGUUGAGAAUGUUACAUCUUAUUUUACCACAACUUUUAAGAAAUGUUAAAUCUUUUGCAGUAGGAUCAGUUGUGAGGCACAUAGUAGCUGAGGUUCCAUGGAGCCAGCUUUCAUUUCUUUCAGUCAGAGAGGAGGACGGUCUCUGUCUCUGCAUUUCUGGUGUCUUGCUUGUCAGUGGCAGAGCCAUGCUUGCCAGCAUUUGCUUAGGCAGCCAUAGCAGUCGCUAAGUGUACAGGUGACUGGGCAGGGAUGGGAGGUGGCCACAGGUCAGAGACAAGUGCGCAGUGAGUCCCUGGCCCAAGGACUGUGUGCCUCGGUGCCUUGGGAAAUGGAAGCUCCCUGGUGCAGCUGUAGCUGUGGGUGGAGGUGGAGAAGCCAGCAAGACCUCGGUCCUAACCCCGUGUUCAUUUUCUUGCUAGCUGUAUGAAGUUGGGCUACCUUGCUUCUCUGAGUACAAAUGGUGUGUGGUGAAUGGGUUCCAGGUAUGCUACGAGCUUUGAGGGCUGCUCUUUUUCUUUUCGUAGCGAUAGGUGUUAAACUGUCUUUCUUAGGAAACGCUCACAGACUUGCAAGAGCUGAUGUCUUCUGAGUACUGUCUGACUCCCUCAGGAAAGUUCCUGAAUUCAGUACCAUCAUUAUUAUUUUUGUGUAAGACUUUGAGUGUAGCCCCUGCCACCAGAGCGGCCUCUGCAGUGGGUCUCUAAGGUGGGACCUGCCCCGGGCCUGCCGUAUACGUGUGUGAAAUAGCGUGAAAAGUGUCGCGGUAAGGUGACCCUGGGUCCCCCAGGCAAGGCUCAGUGUUUGUUUCAGAAAGCAGAGAAGUAUGUAAUUGAUUUUAAAAGUUUCUGUGUUAAAUAUUUUACUAUGUUUUAGACUGUGGAGGAAUGAACUUUGCUUCUCUGGAUAAGAAAGUCACAUACAUUGUUCCAGCUCCAAGUUUGUUCGGCCCUCACCACAAGCGGACGUAGCGUUUGGCCCUUUGUGUGUCUUGCUGGUUAUGGGAGCUCGGAUAUGUCCCAGAAGCAGGCUUAUGGCACUUCUCUAGCUCCCUUGCUACCCUUCCUUUGUGUCUAGAUAAGUGACUGACAUGCUUUUCUUUGGUCUCAGGAAAGUGGGGGCUCAGCAAGAACUGAUUACCGAGCCAUUCAACUAGCCAAGGAAAAAAAGCAGAGAGGAGCGGGGAGCAAUGCAGGUGAGGCCGUGUGUGCUGCAGCCCGGACGAGCGAGGGCCUGAGGGUUCUCUGUCACUGUUACUGGCAGAAGAAACACACAGCAGGUGUUUCUGUGCUCUUGGUUUUACUUUUCUGUUCAGAAUACCCUUUUAUCAACUCCUUAGUUUUAUUUGAACUUAAGGGAAAAAAGUAGGAACAAAAUUCCCAGGAUCAGUAUGAACAUACUUUAUUUGCCUAAACAAGCUUUGCGAAAGUUAAGUGUUCAAACACCAGUGGCAGUUACCUGGAAGGCUACUAAGGUAAAUAAGCAAAGCAGGCCAGGUGUCAGGAAAGCAGAGAUUGUGCCUGGUGCUGAAUGGCCUUGGGGCCUGAUCUUGGCAUGGCAGAGACCUGGGGACUGCCACUGUCCCCAGGUACAUCACAUGUACAUGGAGCCAAACUGUGUGUCCUGUGGCAUUGUCAGAGUUAUGUUGAAAUCUUAUUUGAAAAUGUUAGCAACUUACUUGCAUUUUUAAAGACCAAACAAGAGCUGGUAACCUAUGGCCUCAAGCAUCUGUCCUUCCUGAAAAUGGAAUAGUGGGAUGUAGUGCUUAAUGGAAACUGCUAAAUCUUUUUCUAAAAACUAACAGUGGAUUUUUAAAAUAUAUUGUUUUUUGUGUAUUUCAUUUGUCCUUUGUAUUUAUCUAAAAGGGUUGAUAUUGAUACGAUUUUAUAUCUUGCUCUCUAUUCCUAAUAGUAUUAUGACUUCUUAUUUAAAAUAAAUAACAAUUGCCGAUUUUCUGUUAA